AUGGCGCGACGGCAGUCCGUCGACGCGCGAGCCGGCAUGGCCACGCUCGCGGCGGCGGCGACGCUCGCGGCGGCGGCGACGUCGUCGUCUCGCGGCGGCCGCGGCGCUCGGCGAAGAAGACGCGGCGUCGUCGUCCCGUCGUCGUCGUCGUCGUCGUCGUCGUCGUCGUCGUCGUCGUCGUCGUCCGACGGCGACGACGCCGCGGUCACGAUGGCCGACGUGAACGUCGCCGCGCGACGACGCGGCCUCGUCAUCGAGACGACGACGUUCGGCCCCGCGUUCAGAGUGAUCGCGCGGCGGAUCCCCACGCGGCGCGGCGGCGGCGGCGGCGGCGAGGGCGACGACGCCGCGGCGACCUCUUCCGGGCGAGAGGUCGCCGCGGAGGACGACGAGGACGUCAUCGCGAUCCACGACGGCUUCAUCGCGCCGCCGCCGUUCGGCAUCCUCCACCUCGACUCCAUGCGCGUGUACAACUCGCGCGUGCGCGGCGACACCGAGCGCGCGACGAUGCGAAGCGUGUUCGGGAUAAGCAUCCUCCUGGGGACGACCUCGGCGCUCAUGGCGCGCGACGCGGGUUGCGCGAAGAUGGAGCUGCUCGCCGUCGACGACGGGAACGAGUACGCGGCGAAGCUGGUGUCGUACUACUCGCGCCUCGGGUUCGAGACCGUUAGGGUCGUGGGCGGGAACGGGCUGAGGGACGUCCCGGAUCUGCUCGUGUGGGGCGGCGUCGGGACGAGGAUGAACGGGGAUCUGCGGAGGUUGUUGGGGAAGUGGGGGGGGGUCAUCCGACGACAAAACGCCGCCGCCGCCGCCGCCGCCGAAUCGCGGACGAAGGACGCGGAGACGUAG